GCAACGACAUUAAAUAUGGCGGACAUGCGAUUACGUUUUUUUUGUUAUCGAUAAGGUUUAGCUUGUUAGUUGCUCCAGUUAUUUAACGAUGGAAGACAGUCUUAGUCUCUUAGACCUAGCUAAACUUCAGCUUAACGAGCUAGAGAUGAUAGAAAGUAUGUAUCCAAACAGCGAUGAAUUUAAAGUUGACGAUCCUUCUGUAGUUCGUCAGAUUAAGGAUUUUGUGGAAGGCAAAAGCAACGAGCUGCCGCCACGACUGGAUUUUACUUUAUGGUUUGACAUAAAAGGGAAGAAGUUAGAAGUCAGUUUUAGUCUUCCUCAUGAUUAUCCCCAAUCAGAACCAGAAAUUUAUGCACGUUCAGCCUUCUUAAGUCGGGAUCAUCAGUAUAAUUUAAAUUGUGCUCUUAUGGAUUACCUAACAAGUCUACCAGCUGGAGAGUUGUGUUUAAGUAGCAUUAUUCUAUGGCUGCAAGAAAACUUACUAGCUUACUUCAGUUGUGAUAGUAUGGAGUGCCACAAAGCCGAGCAACCUAAAGGAGAAAUUGCACUUAAUAGAUUGUGGAUUUACAGCCACCAUAUCUAUAACAAGUAUAAAAGGAAAAGAAUUUUAGAACUGGCCCGUGAAUUAAAACUUACUGGAUUUUGCCUACCUGGUAAGCCAGGUGUAAUUUGCGUUGAAGGUAGUUCCGAUUGUUGCAAUUACUUUUGGCAAGACAUAAAGCAUAUGAACUGGAAAAAAAUUGUUUUGAAGAAAAGUGAAGACUUGGAAACUGAAAAUAAUGCUAUUAACACUGGUAAACAUUUUCAGACUUUUGAUGAAGUCUCAUUUCAGCCAAGAAGAGGUCCAGCAAAAGAAUACCACAUGGAUAUGGGAGAUUUUUUCAAGUAUUUGGAAGAACACAAUUGCAGUUAUGCAUUCAGUGACUUGUUUGGAGUGGAUGGUAAAAGUGGCCUAUAACAACAUUACUUACCAUAAAGGUCAAUUAUGGUAUCUUGAAUAAUAUUUGAAGAUCUUUUAUGCCUAUCAGACCUUGGAGUCAAGUGAUGAGCUGCAAGUACAGAGUCCAACAUGUUCUUUGUUAGAGAAUCAUAAGAAGAUUUUAGUUUUUCCAGGUCUGAAACAGGAAAGAUUAAAGAUCAUAACACAAUUUAAAAAUUCAAUUUAAGAAAACAUUAGAUUGUAUUUUGACAUUGUACAAUUAAGUUUCUAUAGCAAUUUCGGGAAGAGGAAAAAAAUACAUUACCAGUUUCAUUGUUUGAUGUACUAAAAGCAUAUAGUAUUCCACUGAACAGGUUUGUUAUGAUGGUUGUAUCAAGGCAGACACACUGGACUACCAAAGUAGUAAACAGAAAGAGCUGGAACCACAACAUCGUAGGAGUUAACAGAACAAAUAUUCACAUCAUUCUGAAAUAGAUAUUGAUUUGAGGUUUAUAUACAGAAGUUUAGUAUCAGAAAGUCUUGCUACACAACACACACAUAUUCAAUUUAAAUUAUAUUACCACACACUAUAUAUAUCAACCCCCCCCCCCCCAAAAAAAAAAAAGAAAAGUUAGGGUACAGUAAAGGGACAAAUCUUACAAACAAUAGGCAGUAUCACUUAGUACUUCAGCUGUUUCACAUCUGCUCUCGAGAGAAUGGAAAAUUCAAACUCAACCCCCUCCACACUUUUUUUUUGUAAAAACAUGAUUUCUAUUAAAUUCCAUGUAAGGAAUCAACUUCCAAUACUGCUGACAAUAUUUUAUUCCACUACUCAAUCAUCCAGUUAGGAAAAUAGGUGUUAACUUAAACAUUUCCUCUCCACCUGUUAUGUUCAGAGUUUAACACAAUAUACUCAUGGGCCUUUAUCUUAUUGAUUCCAAGGAUAAUCUUUUACGGUAAUUCACCAGCUAUCUUCUUUUGAGAAGAGGUAGAAGAGGAAAUAAUCCUUUUAGCAUCUUCUAAAAAUUCUUUAACAGCUCAAAAUCAACAUCUUUUCUUAGAUAAUGUGACCAAAACAGUACACAUUAUGAGGCUUAGUUACUUGUACUCACUCAAUUUUAUAGUUUAGUAAUUAGUCUACAACUACACCCAUAAUUAUUUUUAAUUAUUACCCUUACUACUAACCUCCACUUCGACAGUUUCAAAGGCUUAUCUGCUACAAUGCAAAGAUCCCUUUCAAUUAUGAUAUAGGUUUUGUUCUCAUUAUGAUUUCCAAAACAUGUUAUCUUACAUUUACUGUUAAGGUCAUUUGAAAACUUUCUCCAACUUAACAACAGAUCAAAGUUACUCUGAAAUUUCUCAGUGCAGUAAGACAUUGUAAAGUUUAAUGCUAUCAAUAAUGAUUGUCAGUCAUAUCUAUCAUUUAUGCAACUAGGCAAGUAAAAGUUCAAGCCCCCUUUCAAGGCAUUCCACUAAUAAAAUGUCCAAUUUCACUAGGCUUCAUUAAAAACAAUCCUUUGCUUUUUUUCCCCCAUUUGGUGAUUUUAUCGUCCAAGUAAACUGAUCUUUCUAAACUCACCUGCUGGUCCAUCAGUUUUUGUACCGAUAUUGUGAAACACCUUGUCAAAUGUUAAGUUCAAGAACUAAGUACAUCAAGUCUACACAUUUCUUAGUUUAGAUAACUUUUUCCUGCAAGUAAGUAUCAGUUUUCCCCAUAAGACAAAAUUUUACACUAGAAUCUACCAUUAUAGUGGCCGAUAAUUUCAGACCACAAUCAUCACCCCAAAUACAUGCUUAUGUUGUUGGUCUACCGAAGAUAGAAGGGGCUCAUGUGAUUGAUAAUACUUCCUUUAAAACCCAAAAGUAAGAGCAUUCAGGUGCUGGCGUUUUUAUCUUUUUUUUUUUUAAUACCUCAAUUUUACUUCUUGGGAAGAGACUCAAGGCUAUUAGAAUAGGAAACGUAAAAUAGAUUCACUAACAGUCGUCUUAGACCUUAGUAAAACAACAUUAGUUCCAAGUUGUUUUUAACAAAUAUCGGCAAUAGUAUUUUUGCUUUUCGUUUAUCUAUCGGCUUCAAAGAACCUGCUAGUACUAUGUAUCAUAAAAAGCGAUAGUAUACAUUGAUUUACUUAGCUUUAAGGUUUAUUACAUUCACUGAUUCAAUAGCGUCCUAAUGAAAAUCAUACCAAUAAAAUUACUACAUUAUUAAGUUACUUUUAUGGAACUUUACAAUUAUAUUAAAGACAACCUAAAUACUAGCUACAAACUCACUAAAGAAAAUUCAUAUCAAGUAAGAAAGAUUUUCAUAACAUAAAAAGCGCACCUGAAAGUGAAGGAAGACGACUGAUAGUUUGUUAUUCGAGGCUGGCAUUUAUAAGGUGGCGUAAACACAUGGAAGAUAGCUAUUGGUUAUCCUGUGUUGUUCGAAAAGAGGAAAUAAUUUCUCUAAACUAGAAGGGGGGUAGGGUUGUAACUUUUGUUUUUGUAACUUGAAUACGCAUACAUACAUACUUUUCGCCAUAUUUGAUGAACUUGCACGUUGUAUUUUAUCAGUGCUUUAUCAAUUAUGUUGUAUUACUCAUUAAACUGUGAUGAUUUGUUUGAAAAUGGAAUAUUUUGUAAUAAUAAAACAUUUGAGACUUUGUAAGGUUUUGUACUUACAGCAGUUAUUAAACAUUACAAUUUUUUAA